GCCCAAGAUGUAGGGUGAAAUGUGUCAAUAUGUUGUCUGUUGUCUGGCCCAUCCGUAGAAGUAACCCGAAGCAUUUCCAAUCAUGGUCGGAGAUUUCAAAUGUUCACGGUGCCUCUGGAGGCAUUUCUACAAAUGACAAUUAUUCAUCCGUACGAGAAGCUGAUGGAGCAAGGCGUGCUCCGCGAGUUCCAGGAGAGAAUGGGCAAGGCCAUGUUUGUGUCCCACCAAUGGCUCAACAGCAAGCAUCCUGAUCCACAAUGCGAACAGCUGCGAGUACUCCAGAAGGCGCUCAAAAACGCGUUGUCAGGAGCAUCCCUUGUCAGCCUUCCCCCCGCCAUUGAAUUGUUGCUUGGACGAUUGAAGUGCCCUACGCCUUCCGAAUUUAAAGGCCAACCGCUGUAUCUCUGGUACGAUUAUUUCUGCUGCCCGCAGGGAACUUCGACAGAAGCAGCGGAUCGGCGACAUCAGGCUAUCGCGUCCAUCCCAGAAUUUGUUUCCAGGUCCUAUUUCUUCUUGAUUCUUUGUCCGGCAGUGCCGCAUGCAGAAGGACACUUGUUGAGCUGUUCCACGUGGAGUUCUCGAGGCUGGUGUCGGCUAGAAAAAACGGUACGAGACUUGGCAAGGGAGGAUGGCUACAUCAUCACAGUGACGUCCCCCAACCAUCUCAACUUGGGAUGGAAUAUGCACGGUGUUGGCAAAGCGCCUGGCUUGGGAAGCUUCAGUUUCGAGGAUGACAGGGCGAGAGUGGGGCAAGUAGUUCUGUCAUUGAUUUGGGCAAAGCUGCAAGAUUCGUUGAGAGAGAAGGACUUGCACAAGUAUCGUUUUCUCCUGAACCUCCACCACUUGCAUUUCGCUGGUAUUGAGGGCUUGGAUCGGGUGGAGAGUUUGAUCCCUGAUUUCUCUUCAGACAUUGACCCUGCCAGUGAUCCAGAAGCAUUCAUCGUGGCACGUUUCUUGCAUGAUAACUGCUUCAAGACCGUGCUGGAACGCGAUUCUGCUGGCUGGUCCCCGCUUUGCUAUGCAGUUGUGAACGGUGACGCCUUUUUGGUGAAAGCAUUGUUGAAGAGCAAGGCAGACCCCAAUGACAGGCUGUCAAAAAAUAACAAGAAGGUCAACCUUCCCAAGAACAUGCCAGUCGUUUGCAUGGCCGCCGCGUAUUACAGCAAUGAUGUUUUGGAGGUUCUUUUGGCGCACAGAGCCAGCGUGAAUGCCCGUUGUUCACAAGGGGCUACUCCAUUGGCUUGGGCAGCAUCAUCUGACAAUGCUGCUGCUGUGGGCAUUCUUUCCAAAAAUUUUGCAGAUCCACUCAUCAAGGUUUUUCCGAAUACGACCCCGUUUCGCUUGGCCUGCGGUUUCGGAAGUGUGGCAGCCGUGAAGGAAAUGCUGAUUGAGUUCCCUGUGAGAUUGCGAUUUUGCUUGCACACUUCCUUGGUGUUUUUUGGAGAUGUGGGCACAGUCUGCUGCUUGAUUGAAGCUGCUGCAGAUGUCAACGAGCAGUUUCGGCUUCCGUACCGAAACACCUGGUGGUUUAUCUUGAAUGUGUUGCAUGCCAGGCACUACCUCAGCCCAUCAGCGUUGACCAACUUGGCCUAUCAUCAUCGUGGUGCAACACCAUUGAUGUUCAGCAUUUUGACCGGAAAAUUCGAAAUCAUGUCUGUCCUGGUGAAGGCUGGAGCUGAUCUGAACUGCCGAAAUGACCGAGGGAAGACGGCUGCAGAUUUGCUGUCUGAGAUGCACGUUCCCCUCUCAUUGAGCUCAGCAGUGUUGAAAUUGGAGGACGGUGAAGAUUCUGACGACUCGUUUUCGAUCUGAAAUGUCCAGUCACCGAAGACCCACCAUGUUUUGACCUUGCUCAGGGCGAGUCGGGCGAGCUCGUCUGUGGGAUUAGGAGUGCAAAAUCUGUCCAGUCUGCUCAACUGCACAUCUGGCACGGUGGCACCCUCUCCCACCCUGUUUCACAAAUUUUUAUAUACACCCACCCAGGCUGGGGUAUACAUCACUCCACGUGAAGUGAGCGCGGGUUGUGUAGGUAGAAGGCGU